UAUAUUCGAUUACACAUAGAUAAUAAUAAUAAUAUUUAUUACAAUCUUAUUUCACUUAUUAUCUUCAUAAAAGUGUAAGUGUCGCCGCGCUGAGGUUGAAAAAGUUAUUAUUUUUCCAACAAAGAUUAACAAAACUAAUUCUCUCUUCUAUUUUCAUUCUAUAUCAUUAAUGAAUAACGCACCGAGAAGACACAGCAGAAGAUCGGUCAGAAAUGAUAGGAGAACGAAUUCUAAUUUAAGAAUGAUGGAGAUUGACGACGAAAGUGUUUGGUUAGAAAGUGGUCCUCUGCCAUUAAAUAUUUCUGAAGCAAAAUGGCAAAAAAUUCAGCAGGAAGAAUACACAGAUCACGUGGUGAAUUUUGCUCUCGAGUUGAUCAUUCAAACGGCGGUGGAUAUAAUUUACAAAAAGUACCUUGAAGAAACGUCUUAUAAAUUCGUCGUGCAUUGUUCCCAUCAGGCUUUACAGCAACUUUUCAAUUGGAUGUAUCUCAAUUACGAUCCUGGAGAAACAUCAGCUACUAUUGCAGAAUUUUGGAGCGGUGAUAAGGAGCAGGAAACAUUGCCGAAGGAUGCAUGGGCCUGCCGUUCUGUUCCAUUACAGAGAAAAGAACCGUCACCACCUGUUUCAAGUGAUCAACAUAAAAUCUGUGAAGAAAAGUGUUCCGACGAAGUCAUUCUAGAAUUCCCAGUUUUGGAAAAUAUCGAACUUCCUUCGAGUGAACCGGCAGAAACGCCAUCCUUCAUUGUCGAGUCGUUACCCAGGAAGCGAUCAACUGGCGAUCAUUUCGACAUCUUUGAGAACAAAAUGGCUUCUCAGAGUUCGAUAAAUGAAGCUGAGGAAUUAUCGACAUUUUCACGAACGAUGAUGAUGCCCAAGGACGAACUUCCGAUGCCAAGCUGGUCACUGAAACAGCCAACGAGAUCCAACAUUUGCCGGCGGAAGAAUUCAAGAUGGCCUAUGGAAGUUAGUGCCCCAUUGAAUAUUUCGAAUUUCGAGCAUCUAGUACCAGAACGAUUGGACAUAAAAUAUUCGGUAAUGCCAGAACUUGUACGAGAAAUAGAGAAGAAGCAGUACAACGGGCCAAAGAAGAAAGCAGACCGAAAGGUAGAAAAAGGAAACAAAUAGAGAAGAAUUAAAAAAUAAAAAAGAUCGUACAUUCAAAAAAUUGUUCUUAAAACUUUUAAUUUUACGGUGAAACGAUAAACGUCAAAAACUUUCAUAUUAAAUGUAAAUUCGUUUCAUAACAUUCAUACGGUACGUUCCAUAAAAUAAUUAAUAUUUGUAAUUCUUCACCGUCGCUGUUGCUGGUUCCAAAUAUUAAAAAAAAUACAUUUAUUACAAGAACCCAGCAAUUUAAAUUCAUUAAAUAUUACUAUUAAAAUUAUUAUAAAAAUAAAAUUGAUUUUAUAAAUCGAUUCAAUGUAACGAUCAUCUAUCUCAGAUACGAUUACAUAAAUAAAUAUAAAAUUUACGCGUUCAUGAUUUUUAUUAAGUACUUAUACGUAUAUGUAUAUCUAUUCGAAUCCAACAUUAUUAUCAUCCCAAGAAUGAUAAUUAUGAAAUUACAUAAGUCUACAUUAUAUUAUAUACGUUGUUACUUAGCAAUUAAUAUUUGCCGCUUAAUAAAUUAAAUUAAAUCAUUCCCAUUAAAUGUGACUUCGUCAAAAAAAAAUUGCAACUAUCCAGUAAUAUAUCUGGAAAUAAUUCGCAUUUACAGAUAUUAAAAAUGUUAUAUAUGCCUAAAAAAAUAUCCUUUUCAUUUAUUACACGCCUGCCAGAUCUAGCUAGCUAAAAAGAUUGAGCUCUUACGUAUCCUUUCCAACUUCAGACAAUUUAACAGUCAGCGUAUAACCGUGCGUCAAAAAUGCACUGCAGUCAUGAACAUCACGAAUAGACUUAAGCUUAGUUCAGCUGUACAGCCAUAGCGUUCGCGCAUCCCAUUAACUCAUUAUAGGACAAAAUCCCAGAUGCCAUCUAACAGUACCAUCCGCGUUACGGUAAACUGUAAAGCUCAUUUGACAGCAUAUUAGCAUUGUUUUGCGGGUAUUAAAAAAUUAUUUAAAAGCAGCGAGCAACUUUUAAUUACUUCAGUAUUAUCAGGUUGGAACACAAUAAUAUAACUUUUUGAAAAAAAAAACUUUUUCUAAUAUCUUUCCUAAAGAGCAAAUAAAAUUUCAAUUAACUCCUAGAAACUUCCAACAGCUUCCCUAUCGAGUGAGACUGAUCUCGAAAAAGUUGUCAGAUAAUUAUUUUCCAACCUAACAAAUACAUAAAUUUUGUAGAAAUUCUUGAAAAAAAUGUACGUUUCGAUCUCUCACUUGAUUCCAUAUUUUCCCGCUUGUUUAAUCACGACUCAUCCUCCGUCACAUAAGAUUUGCUGAUUUCGCAAAAUAUUUUAUGCGGAUUCUGCACUAGCGAAAUACUUAAUAAAUUAGUAAUACUUCUUAUCACGAUUAUGUAACAUCGCUACGUUCCAUGACUCAUCGCGUACGUGCCUAACUGUUGAUACGUCGACAUAAAAUAGCAACGAUGCCAUUUCACCUGCCGGUUUUUUGGAAUUAUUCACGAGGUUGGAGACACGCGAUAGUACAGUGAAUUAUAUUUAGAAUAGCUCCAGACACGUUUACCGUAUCAAUCGCCGAAUCGUUUGAUAAAAAGGAAAAAAAGUAAGAGCAAAUAUAAAAACAAACUUGGACUUCGAGAUAUGGAAGGCUAUAGAAGGUUUCUGUAUGAAGCGUAGAAAAAAAAAAAUUUUUGUGGUUAUGGUACAUUGCGUGCUAAGUCAUCUAUAUCGGUUACGUAAUGGGAGUUGACCUGAUUAAACAUUAGUAAAAAAACCAGGUAAAUCAGGCUACUACAAAGUCACUUCCCUCGAAUAUACUUUUUUGCUACCCAUGCUGCUAAAAAAUUUUGCUACAAUAUACGGAACAUACAGAGUUCAGUAUAUAAGUAAGAAGGAUGCUGGAAAAUUACAAAAUUUUAAUAUCAACCUAACGAGUUCUUGACUAAUUUGCAACAAGGCACAAAAGACACGCAAACAGCAAGUACAGUGUACUAUACCGUAUGCGUAUAGAAUUGAUGAACUUUUCGACACAAAGAGUAGUCCAGAUAUCCAGGUAAGUAGAAGGGAUUCAGGAUCUACUACCUUGUUGAAUGAUGCAAAGUCCGUUUGAAUCGUUGAAGCUUUAUUAAAAUCCGCAUAAGAAUGAUUAGUUCGAAGCAAGAAAUACUGUCGUCUGCACUCUGGGAGAGCAUUGACUGGUUUGGUCAUGACCCAGAUUGAGGAGUUUACCCUUCUCCCUCCAGUGCACCGUAUCUCUCUUGGCCAACGUGUGAGUAGCUGCUAAAAGCUAAUCGCAAGCCACGCCAGAAUCGUGAGCGGUUGCAGAGCGACAGCUCUCUAUUCGCAAGGGACCUUAUUCCAUUCGAAAGUAACGUUCUCGGUUGGGCCGUCGUUCCGAUCAGAGAGAAUCCCUAGAGCCGAGAUACACUAUACGCAUUAGUUCAGCUAUAUUCAACCACUGACUACUUACAUGCUUGUUCUAUUCUGCCACUCCCCAUUUGCCCCACCGAUGAAGAACUAACGUCAGCUACAGCCACCGAGCCCAGAUAGGUUUCUUUACUUUCGAUUUGCUCUCACUACUACCUUUCGUAGUACGUCGUCUCGGCCCAUCCCUGAGAGCCUGUAGGCCUGGUAAACAACUUAGUUGUUGGAUACUCCCAUUCUCAUGGUUAAAAAAUACAAGGGUGCAUCGUACGCAAAUCUUUUGUUUUCUAAGAUCAAAGACAAUUAUACUCCUGUUGAUAAAAAUUUGUCAAUAGUAUUCGCUCUUUCAAAUUAUUCUCAAGUACACCUUUUCUCGUCUCCGCGAAUAUAUUUGAGCUUGAAAAUUUUUAGAAAUUCACAUUUCGCUCGUUACAAGUAACAAACAGUUAACCUCAAAAUGCUCUCUUUUCCGUUCCUCGUGACUUAUCCGCGUAACAGACUCCUACAAAAUAAUCUCACGUUGCGUCUUCACCGUCAAUUGAAUGUAGUGCUUGGUACAGAUCUGUUAGGGACAAGAUGAAUCUUGAAGCUCGCAAUUUCUUCAGCCGUGUCUCAUUGGGCCGCUCGUUGCCUCGCGAGGGACGAGGCAUCGUAACCUUAAAACAUCCAGCGGUACGACAGCUACCAAUUCUGUCGUAAUAAUAUUCAGGCUUUUCACACAAAACACCCGGUAUAUCAGAGCCUGUCUAACGUUACGUAAACUUAAACGAACGCCACUCCUCUGGCAACGGUUCACCAGAGUUCACGUUGUGCUCUCUGCAAAGCCCGACCUACACAACUCUAUUCGAAGCCGUGCGUCUACGCAACGCAUAGACGCACCACACGCUGGCAACGUAAUGCGGACUGUUAGAAACCAAGAGACUCGUGAACCCUCCCUGUUUUCACGCUAGCAUCUAGUCAUACGACUUUGUACUGUGC